CUGGACAUCACCACGUACACGGCACACUCGGCUUCCAAGUUCGACGAAACUGACUUCGUCUACCUGAAAGCUCUUUGGAAAAACCACCCCGUGACCGGAUUCCACAUCCAUAACUACGUCCGCGAGGACUACGUCAGCAGAGCUGAGCAGCUUGCGGGGCUGAAACCCAGCCCGCCCGCCGAGCAAGGACAACCCGUGGACCAGCUGCGCCAGAGCCUCUCGACCUUCAUCAACACCAUUGCGUCACCCUACAAGGUCAAUGAGCCGCUUACCGUCCAGCUGGGGGUAUGUCUGAUUGCGAAGCGGCAUAUCGAGCAGCUGAAAGCUGCCAAUCACGGCGGCCGAUACGUGGGUGAAGACACCCCGAAGCUUCGAAGGUCGGAGAGAUUGAAGAAUCGACAAAGAGAAGCCGCCGAAAGGGCAGCAGCGGAGGCGAGAGCGGCCGCGGAGGAGAACCAACUCGAUGCUCUAGCGGGGCAGGUCGGCGGGCUCGCCAUCCAAGAGGAGCGAGCGGUUCCGCUUCCGCAAACACCCCCUGAAUCACAGUUUCUGGGCGGUCCCGAGCCAGCGCUGGUAGCCACGCCCGAGCUGGAUGUGAUCAGCCCGGAAAGCCUGCAGCUGGAAAAGGCCCGGUCCAGAGACGAAGAGAUUGUCAACCAGGCGCUGGUAGACCUCCUGACCGCCGCAACUGUGGCCUCUGGCAUCGGCAUCAUCCCGGGUCGGGAUGAGCUGGCGUGGUCGGCCUCGCGGCAGGCUUUCCAGCUCGGGCGGGCCGAGGACCCCGUGUGCGAAGCUCGAACGGAUGGUCUACUCUACAAAACCGGGGACCCGGAUUGCGCUCUAGCGAUCUUGGAAGUGAAGCCGUACAUCCGCAACUCCAACCAGGCCAAGAUUGAGUGGCAGGAGGCGUGCCAGAUGGCCGCAUGGAUCUCCAGCAGUCUACAUGCGCCGACGGCGGAGAAGCGGCGUGCAGGUAUUCUGAGCACGAGCGAUAACAACAACCGCCGCCGGGUUCUUAUCUCCCAGGACUACCAAUACUUGUACAUCACGAUAGGCGAAUGGGGCCGAGGGUACGAGGAAUACCUCCUUGGCGGGCGUCGUCCGGAAACGCCUCCUUCCAGGACCAGCUCGCCAUCCCGGAAUCGAGGCCCGGCCAAGGCUGCCCGCGUCGCAGCAAGGACGGCAGCCGCAGGACCCGCACCGGGAGCUCCGGUUAAUGCAGAGUCGAAAUCGACGGCUCCCGGCCAAAAGCAACCCAAAGCGGGCUCGGACCCCGGGCGUGAGUUCGAGGCCACAGCGGAGGACCUUGACCCCGACAACUUCCUGAUCAUGAACUGCUACGGGCCAUACAACCUCCAAGACCGUCAGCAUGUUGGGGCAUUCAUUCGCAACGUAUUGGCGUUGAUGCUAGAGCUUUCGGAUCCGUGGGAAUGA